AUGGGUUCUACCCCAGAUGUUCAAUCCCACUCAGGGAUCCCGCAACUUACCCCAUUGGAGCAAAUCAGCCCGAGGGGUUGGGUGCGCUACCUUUUCCCAUUCCAGCUCCCGGAAGACUACGAUGUUGAAGCUGUCACCGAACUCUUUCGCCGAAGCCUGCAGGCAACUAAGGAGCGCUUCCCAACAUUGGCUUGCGAGGCCGUUCCAGACCCUGAUGCAAGGCAAGCAAACGCGCUCAAGCUCCAAAAGAUCACCGACAAUGAGAUCGAGCCUGUCAUUAUCAACGAUUUGCGUCAUUCGACAACCUUUACAACCACGUUUGCCGACCUGAAGGUCAAGAACUUUCCCGUCUCUAGCUUCCCCGCCAGAAUCUUUACCCGCUGCCCCAUAUGGCCCGCUCCUGGACAGCGGGUGCCCAUCACAACCGUGCAAAUUAACUUCAUCCGCGGUGGCUUGAUUCUCAACUGGAACCUCUUCCACCUCGUCGGUGACGGACAGGCAUUCUACAACUGGAUCCGCGUCUGGGCGGAGGAGACACGCAGAGCUCAGGGCCUUGACAUCCCAGAUCCGGUGUGCUACCCCGAUCGCAUCUUCACAGACCGCCAGAUCGCACACAAACAGCCGCAGACCCUCCCCAACGGCAAGGCCGGACGUCUUGAGGAUCAUCCCGAGUACAAAAUUGUCACGGAUCCCGCAACGCAGCUGGCCAAGAUCGCGACAACGGAUGGCCACGUUGGACAGAUCUUCUACCUAUCCGCGGAGUCGCUGCAACUGCUGAAGCGGGAUGCCCAGCCCCAGACAGGCGAUGGAUCCUACGUGUCCACCAAUGACGCUCUAUCUGCCUUGAUUUGGCGAAGCGUGAUGGCUGCUCAGUUCGAUGUGUCUGAGCUUGAUGGCAGCGAGAUCUCCGUUUACAACAUUGCCAUCGACGGUCGAGGACGAAGCCAGCCGCCGAUUCAUCCCCAGGCAAUGGGAAGUUUUCUUGGCUUUAUCCAAGUUGAGCUUCCCAUCAAGAAGAUUCUCGAGACCGAUAAUCUCGCGGUCCUGGCCCAUCUCAUCCGCAAAGCCGUCACUGCGAUGGACAAGAAUUUCUCAGGCUCGUUCAUCAACGACGUUGUUCAGCUAGUGAACAAUCAGAAUGAUCUUGGCGUAUUGAUCCCCACGUCGUUCCUUGACGUGCCUGGCCGAAACUGUGCGCAAACGUCUUGGGAGAAGUUCAAGAUGUACGACCUUGAUUGGGGCCAUGUGCUUGGCGGCAAGAUUGCAGCCAUUCGCUCACCUAGCUGUGGUAUUUUGAAUGGCAUGCAGAUCAUGUAUCCCCAGCACCCGGAUGGUGGCCGGGAGAUGCUUGUCGGUAUCUAUGAGAAGAGACUGGAGAAACUAUGCUGUGACCCGGUCUGGACGAGAUACGCGGUGCGUCGAUAA